AUGUCUCAAUCACUUUCCGAUAAAAGAAGAGCCCUCAUCAUUGUCGAUGUGCAGAACGAUUUUUGCGAAGGAGGCAGUCUAUCAGUAAAACAUGCUGAUGAAGUGGUACCGGUUUUUAACAGGUUGAGAGAUCAAGUACACUGGGAUUUGAUUGUGUUGACACAAGAUUUUCAUCCCCAAAAACAUAUCAGCUUUGCAUCGACUCAUAACAUGGAGGCGUUUUCUUCGAAAAUAUUGGAUGAUGGAAUAACACAAACUAUGUGGCCAGAUCACUGUGUUCAGGGAACCAAUGGGGCUCAAUUUCAUCCUGAUUUGAUUGUGUCAAACAGUGACGAAAUUGUGCAAAAAGGUUGUAAUUCUUUAAUAGACUCCUACAGCGGAUUUUUUGAUAAUGCCAAAAAGAACAAAACAUCUCUCGAUGACAUUUUGAAGAAAAAUAAUAUUACUCAAACUUACAUUGGAGGAAUUGCUUUAGACGUUUGUGUGAAAUUUACUGCAUUGGAUUCGAUUCAGUUGGGCUAUGAGACAUUCCUCAUUCAAGAUGCCAGCCGAGGAUUGUCUUCAGAGUCUGUAGAAAAAGCUCUGGAUGAACUUCGUAACAAUCAUGUUAAAAUUGUGAACAGCCAAGACAUUUUGUAA